AUGGAAUUCCGCUCGGCAAGGCGAGCAGUCCUACAGCUGCUGCGUACGGUGACUCCCACAGACCUCCCAGCGCUGCUCGAUUGGAUGCGAACUACCCGAGACUUUGAUGAAUUCACUGAAGAUAAUAACGACACUAUGCUGAAGAACAUAGCAGAGGACCUUCGGAAUUGCUUACCUCUAGAAACCAUGCUUUCCUCAGAACACCUAGCCCUCCAAAAAAUACGGCAGCAGCCAGAACCCACAGUUCACGUUGAUGCAUUCCUUUAUGAUGAAGACUUUAUUGAUUCAUUAUGUGAGGAAGGAAAAAUGAGCAGAAACUACUGCAUGGUGUGUGGCUCACACCAGACGGCUCCUUUAGGAUUUAUUUCUCAUUCCUUCUCCCUCAUGGAAUUGAAGUUCAUUUAUCAUCAUGUACUCCCUGAUCUGUCGGGAAAGGUCUUGGUUGACGUUGGCUCCAGGCUCGGCACAGUCCUUUAUGGGGGUUAUCUUUACAGUUCAGCCCUGCAACUAUAUGGAGUAGAAUUGAAUGGAGACUUUUGCCAGUUGCAGGAAAUGGUCAUAAAAAAAUACCAGUUCAUUGACAGAAUAAAGGUGCUUCAUGCGGACAUCUGUACCCAGGGUUCACUUCUGCAAAAUGCUGAUGUUAUUAUCAUGAAUAAUGUCUUCGAAUAUUUUCUUGAUGAGGCAGAACAGGCCAGAGCCUGGGAAUACAUCAGCCAUAAUGUAAGGAAACAAGGAUCAUUAUUAGUAACAGUACCAAGUCUUGAAGAUUCUCUGUCAGGCCUUCAGAUUAAUAUACAGUUAUCUUCCUGGGUUGAAGAGGUACCACUGAACUACAAUGUAUACCCAGAAAACCAUAUUGACAGAGAAGCUCUUGAACAAAUUCAUUUGUAUAAGAUUCUCUAACGUCAAAAUAGUCCUACCUCAAUGUAGUGGUUUGUUGAGUAUAUUACAAAUUAAUAAAAAAGAAA